AUGGUCACUGUUCAGGAUCGUCUUUUGGACCAGCCAGCAGUCAGCUACCAGAAAGAUUCCACGGCCCAUGUAAUUGACGGGAAAGGUCGCUGGAAUCUUAGAGGCGUGUCAAAAGUGUUCAGACCAGGGCAGUUGGAGAAGUCGGGUAUUCUGAGAAUUACCCGAGAUGAAAAGGAUUUGAGUUUUCUUGCCACCCUUAGAAACUACCUUUACGGAAACAAACUCGAUAAACCAGUUCAUUUGGGGCGGCAGACGAUCUAUGAAGGGGACGAAGAUGCUAUCAACCGGGAGUCGACCGCUUUUGCCAACGUUGCUUUGAAAAACAACCUCAAGCUUGGAGGGAUCAAUCACAUCCUUGAAAAUCAAAGACCGCUUUACGAAAAUACUAUGGUAAUCGGGGUAGAUGUGACACACCCGUCCCCAGGUCCAGCUAAACGGACAGCACCGAGUGUGGCAGUCAUGGUAGCCAAUGUUGACAACGAGUGGCCGAUAGAUCUUCGGAUCAAUACGGCUGGUAAAGAAAUGGUCGACCUGCUGGGACCAAUGCUUACGACUCGCCUGGAACUAUGGCAAAGUGACCGCGCCAAUUCGCUUCCCGACAAUCUUCUGAUCUAUCGUGACGGCGUUUCGGAGAAUCAGUAUAAGACAUUACUCGAAGAAGAAUUGGGAAAAAUAAGAAACACCUGCCAGGUCAAGUACAGAGGCAGAGAUCCUCCCAAGAUCACGCUCAUUAUCGUUGGCAAACGUCAUCACACCCGAUUCUUCAGAAAGACCGAGGCAGGAAACUGUACAAAUCCAGAAUUUGGCACAGUUGUCGACACCGGUGUUACCGAGGCCCGCAACUGGGACUUCUUUCUUCAAUCACACCACGCACUCCUAGGCACAGCGUGCCCUGCUCAUUACUUCGUCUUGCAUAACGAAAUCUUGACAAAAGAGUUCGUCGGCGCAACCUUCAAGAUUUCGGACUAUUUGCACAAGUUGGCCUACGAAAUGUGUUAUCUAUUUGGACGAUCCACGGGUCCGGUCAACAUACCACCACCGGUCUACUACGCGGAUCUCGCGUGCGAGAAAAGUCGCUGCUACGGGGAUUGCGACGAUGACAUCUCGGACACUAGCUCAACGAUAGGAGAUGACGGCGGCAAGCCUCAAGGGAGUCGAGCCGAGGCCCAAUCGGCAAGGCCUGGCUCCACGGCACCCGGCGGAAAGGGAGACGCGUUGAAGACAGAUCUGCGACCUACAGAGGCAAAAAUGCCAGAUUUAACGGCUGGGUUCACAAAGAAGGAGAAGGCCAAGUUAUUUGAGGAAAGAAUGGCCGCUAGCCAGAAAGCAGCAACGGGAGGGUCGUCGAAGGCGGAAGGAAAGGAACCAGAAGUCAAAACGGAAGCCAUAUAG